GAACAGCAGAAGUCCGUGGGCGAUAUUGUGCAAUUGCUUUGAACACUGUAGAGCUCUUCUAAUCCCUUCCCUUCUCUGAUGACACGGAGCUACCCGGUGCUUGUGAAGGCUUGCCGACUCAGGCUGACAUUUAGGAGUCUGAAUCAACUGGGAGGAGACCAACUUCAAAACGUUAUAUGAGGGUGCCGAGUCUCAGGAACUUGGGAGGGUGGGAGACUCGCUCUUGACAGAAGGACGGUGGCCCGCCUUCCACCCCACUUGUCUUUGCAGUAGCCCCAAAGCACUCUGUUCAGCUCUACACAUUCUGAGUUACUUGCUGCAUGGCGCAGACCCACCGCUACAGUCAGCACUGACCCACAGUCUGGGAGGUUUGGCUAACGUAUUUUGGGUCUGGCACUUCAAAGGCUGCAUUUCACCCACCACAGAAGUGGAAAACACAAAAAAAGAAAAAAAAGUGCAGCCUUUCUGGGAAGCGUUCUCCGUCAGGCGGAAGUAAGGAAGAGCUUGAUGGUGGAAGAGGGCAGCAUGAAGGUCGAGUUACUGCCUGCCCUAACCGACAACUACAUGUACCUGAUCAUCGAUGAUGACACCAAGGAGGCCGCCAUUGUGGACCCAGUGCAGCCUCAGAAGGUUGUGGAAACAGUGAAAAAGCACGGCGUGAAGCUGACCACAGUGCUCACCACCCACCACCACUGGGACCAUGCUGGUGGGAACGAGAAGCUGAUCAAGCUAGAGCCUGGAUUAAAGGUGUACGGGGGUGAUGACCGGAUUGGGGCCCUGACUCACAAGAUCGCGCACCUGUCCACACUGCAGGUGGGGUCUCUGAACGUCAAGUGCCUGUCGACACCGUGCCACACUUCUGGACACAUCUGCUACUUUGUGACCAAGCCCAAUAGUUCCGACCCCCCUGCUGUGUUCACAGGUGACACCUUGUUUGUGGCCGGCUGUGGGAAGUUCUAUGAAGGGACGGCAGAUGAGAUGUACAAAGCCCUGCUCGAGGUCCUGGGCCGGCUCCCUCCAGACACAAGAGUGUACUGUGGCCACGAAUACACCAUCAACAACCUCAAGUUCGCUCGCCACGUGGAGCCCAACAAUGCCGCCAUUCAGGAGAAACUGGCCUGGGCCAAGGAAAAGUACAGUAUCGGGGAGCCCACAGUGCCGUCCACCAUAGCGGAGGAGUUCACCUACAACCCAUUCAUGAGAGUGAGGGAGAAGACUGUGCAGCAGCAUGCGGGUGAGACGGACCCUGUGACCACCAUGAGGGCCAUCCGCAAAGAGAAGGACCAUUUCAAGGUGCCCCGGGACUGAGGCGGCUGCGGGGCCUGGGCGCCCAUGGCUGCUGCCCCGCCUUCAGGCGCAUUUGGGUGUCAGAUGUUCCAGGUGAAUUUCCUGCUGGAAGUGUGGCGAUUCAGUCCUGGUUUAAUCUCAAGUUAACUUCAGAGCCCUCUGCUUGUGUUAUCAAAUGUGCUAACGCGUGUCUAUAAGAGAAGCAGCUAGGAAGCGCUUAUCCCUGGAA